AUGAGUAUAAAAAUAGACGAGGCAGUUUUAGAGAAAGCAAAAAAAUUCCAAAAAGCAAAUGAAGAAGAGAUCGAAUUGAAGAAACUAAAACCUUUGACAGAAGGGUUAUUAAGUCCUGGUUUGAAUUUGUUAAGAGUAAGUGAAAAAGGAUGCAGGAACCGAAUAAAAAUAUGCAACGUUUUAAAUAUACCAUCAAAUGAAGAGGAAUAUAAAGAUGAUUCAAGAAAAAAUAUAUAUAUUGACAAAGUAAUAACAGUAUGUGGUUGGAGUAAAGCAGUUAGAAAACAAGGAGGCGGUAGAUUUUGUUUUGUAAAUCUAAAUGAUGGUUCUUGUCAUAUAAAUUUACAAAUAAUUGUUAAUCAGAAUAUAGAGAAUUAUGAGAAAUUGUUAAAAUGUGGUGUAGGAUGUUGUUUUCGUUUUACAGGAAAAUUAAUAUUAUCACCUAUUCAAAAUGAAGAAAAAAAAGGAUUAAUCAAACAAUCUGUAGAAUUAGCAUUAAAUGAUAAUAGUCAACACUCUUUUGAAAUAUAUGGUGAAAAUCUUGAUCCACACAAAUAUCCUCUUUCAAAAAAAAAUCAUGGAAAAGAAUUUUUAAGAGAAGUUGCACAUUUAAGACCACGUAGUUAUUUUAUCAGUUCUGUUUUUCGAGUAAGAAAUGCUUUAGCAAUAGCUACUCAUUUAUUUUUUCAAAGUAGAGGCUUCUUAUAUAUUCAUACUCCUUUAAUUACCACAUCCGAUUGUGAAGGCGGAGGGGAAAUGUUUACAGUAACCACGUUGCUUCCGGAAAAUGGAAACGUUAACGCGAUCCCAAGGACGAAAAGAAAGGGGGAAAAGCGCGAAGAUGGAAUUUCUGCUUCCACAGUUGACACCAUUUCUACGGUUCAUACAACUGAUACGCCUAUCUAUGCUGCUACCUCUGCUUCUACUACCACUAUAUCCCAUGGUUGUGAAGGUGGGGAAAAGAGUCAGAUAGAUUACAAGAAGGAUUUCUUUAGUAAGCAGGCAUUUUUAACAGUGAGUGGACAGCUGUCCUUGGAAAAUUUGUGUUCAUCCAUGGGGGAUGUAUACACAUUUGGUCCAACUUUCCGCGCUGAGAAUUCACAUACAUCGAGACACUUAGCGGAGUUUUGGAUGAUCGAACCAGAAAUUGCUUUUUCUGAUUUAUACGAUAAUAUGGAAUUAGCUGAAGCGUACAUAAAAUACUGUAUAUCGUAUGUAUUAAAUAAUAAUUUUCAUGAUAUAUAUUAUUUUGAAGAAAAUGUGGAAAACGGGUUAAUAAAGAGAUUAAAAAAUAUACUGGAUGAGAAAUUUGCAAAAAUUACUUAUACAAAUGCUAUUGAUUUGUUACUACAAUUUUCGUACAUGUUCGAAGUACCAGUAAAGUGGGGUAUGGAUUUACAAUCAGAGCAUGAACGAUUUAUAGUAGAACAAAUUUUCAAAAAGCCUGUAAUCGUUUUUAAUUAUCCUAAGGAUUUAAAAGCUUUUUAUAUGAAAUUAAAUGAUGACCAAAAGACUGUUGCUGCUAUGGAUGUACUCGUUCCCAAAAUAGGAGAACUUAUAGGAGGCUCACAAAGAGAAGAUAACUUACAGAUAUUAGACAAAAUGAUUAUUGAAAAGAAAUUAAAUAUGGAUAGCUAUUGGUGGUAUAGACAACUAAGGACAUAUGGAUCCCAUCCUCAUUCUGGUUUCGGCUUAGGUUUUGAACGACUAGUUAUGUUAGUAACAGGUGUCGAUAAUAUUAAGGAUACCAUUCCUUUUCCGAGAUACCCUGGGCAUGCGGAGUUUUAG